AUGUCUGGAUAUUAUCCUCCUCCUCCUGGAGGUAAUGGAAGUAGUGGAGCUCCUCAACAACAAUACGCACCCCCACCUACCUCCCCACCACCAAAUCAAACCUCCUUCCAAUACGCCGCUCCACCUACCUCCCCACCCCCAACCCAAACCUCCUUCCAAUACGCCGCUCCACCCAUCUCUCCCCCUCCCACCCAAACCUCCCACGCCUAUUAUCCGCCACCCCCUUCCGCCUCCACAACAAGCUAUACCCCUCCCCCAAACCCCCAGCCUACUCCCCCGCACCAAGCACAACAACAACAAUACGCCCCUCCCCCCAAUUUCUCGCAUCGGCCCUCCUAUUCCGGUGGUCAACAUACCCUUCCCAUCCACACCCCACCUUCAUCAUCCGCACCCGGCCCAUCACAAACCCAGACCUACGCAUCUUCCUCGGCCGUCUCUCCCCAAGAAACACAAUUACCCAAUUAUGCACAUCCGGCCUCCAAUCCCAAUCCCAACCCCAAUACUUCAGACUACCCUCCUGAGAAACCCGCGCUGAAUACUAGUCUCACGAGUAAUUUAGAUCAUGGAGCACCGAGCGCAGCGCAUUUUGUAGGAGCGAGUACGACGCAAGAUGAUGUGGGCACGUUUAAUGGGGGGAGUUAUCGCGUGAGCCAUAGGGAUACGAAUAGUAUUGUGACGAUACAGUUGGCGAUGGGGUGUCCGUUGACUGUGAAGCCUGGCGCCAUGAUCGCCAUGACGCCCACCAUAACCCUCAAAGGCAGCAUCAAAUUCUCCAUGAAAAAGCUCGUCAUCGGCGGCGAAAUGGCACAUUCGACCUUCACAGGUCCAGGCGAACUUCUCCUGGCCCCCCCGUCUCUAGGCGAUAUCACGAAUAUUCGGUUAAGUGGUGAUGAACAGUGGAGCGUGUCACGCGAUGCAUAUUUGGCUUCGACGCAAGGGGUCAUCAAGGAGUAUAAGAGACAGGGAAUUGGUAAAGCCAUGUUUAGUGGGGAGGGGCUUUUUGUUUACAAGAUUAGUGGCGUGGGUUUGUUGUGGAUUAGUAGUUUGGGCGCUAUUAUUAGGAAGGAUCUCCAAGAAGGCGAACGCUACAUCGUCGAUAACGGACACCUCGUGGCCUGGAACACAAAGUACGUCUUGGAGAGAGUGGCGUCGGGUGGCAUCAUUAGUGGAUUGAGUAGUGGAGAGGGAUUGGUGUGUAAGUUUACGGGGCCCGGGAGCGUGUUUAUUCAGACGAGGAAUCCGGUCGCGUUUGGUCAGUGGAUUAGUGCGCAUUCGGGGGGCGCGUAG